GAACAGCCUUCUGCAUUACCUCGCUUGAGAUUUGGAUCUCUGCUUCCUAGACAAUCGGUGUAAAUUAUAGAGACUAAACACGCUCUUGAUAUCCUAUUCUACUGCCUCAAAUCGUAAUGACUUCCCCAUCUCCAUCCCCAUCCCAUCAACCCAUCGUCAUCUCCGGCCCCUCAGGAGUCGGCAAAGGGACUCUAAUCCAGAAACUAUUCACCACCCACCCCAACACAUUCGCACUAACUGUAUCCCACACCACACGGGAACCACGACCCGGUGAAGCCGAGGGCGUGGCCUACCACUUCGUCUCUCACGAUACAUUUCUGUCUCUGAUCUCGCAGAACGCCUUCGUGGAACAUGCCUUGUUCAGUGGAAACCACUAUGGGACUAGCAAGCAGACUAUUAUGGAUCAGGUGGCGAAGGGGUUGAUCGUUGUUUUGGAUAUUGAGAUGCACGGUGUUAGGCAGAUGAGGGAGAAUAGCGGCAGUAGUAGUGGUGUAGAUGCACGGUAUGUUUUUAUCAGGCCGCCGAGUAUUGAGGCGCUUGAGGCGCGACUGAGGGGCCGUGGUACGGAGAGGGAGGAGGAUAUUCGGAAGAGGCUUGCUCAGGCCAGGCGCGAGCUGGAGUACGCUGAGCAAGGUGUUCAUGAUAGGGUUAUUGUCAAUGAUGAUCUUGAUAGAGCGUAUAAGGAGCUGGAGGAGUUUGUGUUUGGGUCGACGUUAUAG